AUGGAAUAUUCAGGUCUCCGACCGAACUCCAAGUUUUCCGAUAAAUUCAUUGUUUUCUCUAGAUUGUCCACUUUUCGCAGCAAGGUCAAAAAUGAUAGUCGCGCUGAGACAGGAAUCACGAACAAAGCAAUGGACGAGAUGAAUGCAGUAAUGGAUAUGCUAAGGGAGGAAAUCGAAUUAACCCAAAGAACCAUCGUGAACGGGUUUCGUGGUUUGGAAAGAAAAGUGGAAAAAUGGAACCGUCGUUUGGAUGGUAUCGAACGAAGAAUCUCUUCUUUGGAGGCAUCACCCAGGAGAAUGACGCCAAAAGUGGGAUGUGCAGUCGUAGAGAGUGAAAUAGACUUCACGAAACUUCCUCAAAAUUAUUUGAAGGCUUGGCUAUCCGGGAAGCGUGUAUUAUUGAUAGAGUUCGCUCUAGAUUUAGAGCGAGAACUUUAUGAAGACAACCCAUCGGAGCUAAUGCUGGAUGUAGAGGACAGGACGUCGACGGAAAAGACAAAUUUCAUUCAAAAGAAUAUCUUCAAAUAUUUCACCAUUCCGAAAAAGUCGGAAGAAGGUGUAUGGCGAAUGGUGAAAAACACCCUCAACGCCAGGGCUCGAGCUUCAAGAGUCCGCGCCGUCGAGGAACGUGUAUAA